GCUGGGUGACACGCCCUGCUCACUCAGAGGUGGUGUAGCUGUCUGUCUCUCUGCUCUAGUCUGCAGAUAGACAGGCAGGCAGUCUGUCGACUUCACAGAACCGGGCUUUUCUUACCCUGGAAGUAUCCUGAGGAGCCAGAGCCAAGGGCGGCCGGUGGGAGGAGGCAAAGAGACCGCAGCUGCUGCGCCGCACAGCCUCUUUGACAGCUUCAAGAGGAAGCAUCCACCAGCACCGACCGAUGUCUACGGUAGGGAGCGAUUUUCUUCUUCUUUCACUCAUAAGCGACCGCCUUUUCACGGACUUGUGUGAAGGCCGGGACCUCGACGGGUUAGAGCAAGCAACAGACGCGCAAACCAGACUGACGGACAUCUGCGGUGGCGCAACGGGUAGCAGCAUGGCGUCCGUAGUGGAAUACUACGCUGGCAAGAAUGUGCUGAUCACGGGAGCCACGGGCUUCAUGGGAAAAGUGCUGGUGGAGAAGCUGCUGAGGUCCUGCCCUGAGGUCAAAGCCCUUUACAUCCUGGUCAGACCCAAAGCUGGGCAGUCCAUGCAGCAGAGGGUCAGCGACAUGAUGAAGUGCAAGCUUUUCGACCGUGUGAGGGAGGAAAACCCCGAUUUCCACCAGAAGAUCAUCCCAAUCAGCAGCGAGCUGACGCAGCCGGGCCUGGCCAUCAGCCCAGAGGAUGUGGAGAAGCUUACCGCCUGCAUCAACAUCGUCUUCCACUGCGCCGCCACCAUCCGCUUCGAUGAACCGCUCAAACACGCCCUGCAGCUGAAUGUGAUCGCCACACAGCAGCUCCUCAGCCUGGCCCAGCAGAUGCAUCACCUCGAGGCCUUCAUUCACAUCUCCACCGCCUAUGCAAACUGCAAUCGCAAGCACAUCGAUGAGGUCAUCUACCCGCCGCCCGUCGAGCCCAAGAAACUCAUAGACUCCCUUGAGUGGAUGGACGAUGGCAUCGUGCGGGACAUAACGCCACGGCUCAUCGGCGACAGGCCCAACACGUACACCUACACCAAAGCCCUGGCUGAGUACGUGGUGCAGCAGGAGCAAGACAAGCUCAACAUUGGCAUCAUCAGACCCUCCAUAGUGGGAGCCAGUUGGCAAGAGCCCUUUCCUGGUUGGAUCGACAACUUCAACGGGCCAAGCGGCGUCUUUAUAGCUGCGGGAAAGGGUAUCCUGCGCACCAUGAGGGCCAACAACGAUGCGGUGGCAGAUCUGAUCCCUGUGGAUGUGGUCAUCAACCUCACUCUGGCUGCUGGCUGGUACACUGCUGUACACAGACCUAAAACGGCCCUGGUGUACAACUGCACGACCGGCAGCAUCAACCCAUUUCACUGGGGAGAGAUCGAGCAUCAUGUGAUGUCCUCCUUUAAGAGAAACCCCUUGGAGCAGGCUUUCCGAAGACCCAACGCCAACAUCACCUCCAACUACCUGAUAAACCAGUACUGGAUCCUGGUCAGCCACAAGUUCCCCGCUUUCAUCUACGACCUCUUCCUGCGUCUCUCUGGGCAGAAGCCGCAGAUGAUGCGCAUCUUCAAUCGCCUGCACAAGGCCAUCAGCCUGCUGGAGUAUUUCAGCAGCCAGGACUGGGAGUGGAACUCUGAGAACAUGAGCAUGCUGAUGGGCCAGCUAACCCCUGAGGACAGGAAGACAUUUAACUUUGAUGUGCGCCAGCUGAACUGGCCCGAGUACAUUGAGAACUACUGCAUCGGCACCAAGAAGUAUGUCCUGAACGAAGACAUGUCUGACAUUCCUGCUGCCAGGCAGCACCUGAGAAAACUGAGAAACAUCCGCUACACCUUCAACACCCUGCUGAUCGUUUUCAUCUGGAGGGUGUUUAUAGCCCGCUCCCAGAUGGCCAGAAACAUCUGGUACUUUGUGGUCAGCCUCUGUUUCAAGUUCCUCUCCUACUUCCGUGCAUCCAGCACCUUAACUAUUUGAGUCUUCCUCACCGCCUCAAGCCAGAGUCAGCAGCCCUCGCGUUUAGCUGUCAGCAGGAGGAAAACAUCCGCUGUGGACACUCUAAAUCCUUCUAAAUGUGGACAAGCGGGGCUCUGUACACGUGGGAAUGGCAGUUAUGUGAAGAAGAGAGGAAAAAUGAGGUCUACUAGCCAUGAAUUAAGCAUUCAGUUUGGAUAUCUGUCAUCAGUUUGUGCACUCUUCAAACUCCAACCCUGUCCAAAAAGAAAAGUGUUGUCAUUCAUUUUGUACCUACUGUUUUCUUCUCAAAGUGGCCAAUUAUAUAUGCAACAAUAAGCCUUUUGUGUGAUUUCCAUUUUCUUUUCCACCCUCUUGAAUCUCGAUACAUCGCCUUGCCUUUAAUUACUUUUUUUUUUUUUCAUACUUGAAUAAUACUGGCACUGCAUCAUUGGAGGGAAAUUUCUAAGAGAUCAUUAUAGUUCAUGUUUUUGUUUGUUUGUUUGUUUGUUUUUACUGUGGGGAUCUCCGGUUCUUGUCUUUAAUACACGGGUGAUUCCGAUAUCUGUAUGUCUUUGCAAUGAGUGCAUCCACUGCCUUUUUAACAUCUCCAAAAAAACUCACCGGUGGUUUUCCAUCUUAAUACCGAUCUGCAGUAUAUUAAGAAUAGUAUUAAAGCUAAACUCAAACUACAUGAGACACCUAUGACUACAGAUACAGAUGCCACCUUUCCUGCUGUUACAGUUGUCACUUAUUUAUGACCACAGAUGUUGAUGUUCGUACGUCUUGUUUGAAUGCUCAUCCACUUUUUUGCCUGUUUGUACAGCAGUUUGUACUGAAACUAAGUUUACUACUUUUACAUCUUUAUACCUGCGCCAAAGGCUAGUCCGACUAUAUGUGGUAGACCUUGGCUGUGUAGAUUAUAUAAAUAAGAGUAAAUCAGAGUGAAGUUUAUUUGUAUAGCCCAGUAUAUACUGCACAUUGUUUCCCAACAGUUUCUAAGCAAACUUUGUAAGAAGACAACUCCCCAAAAGUUUAGCACGUUAGGGAAAGAUAUUUCACAGGCAAAGCAAGAGUGAGUGAUUCAGUUAAAAUGGUUCAAUGCCUCAUAGUAUAGAAGAUGAAAGUUGGAGACCAUUGCAGCUAACUGCAGCAAAGGAGCCCGAAUUCAUGCCAUUGUUGCAAGUGCACAACACAGUGGAGGUUAAAAAGGAAAAAAAAAAGUGGGCCUAUUACUGAGCCCUGAGGGAUGCCUGACCUUAUAAAGUGAAGUUGGAGAGGGCAGUUUGAUGUAGUAGGAAGUCAGAGUGGUAAACAUGAGUUAUGUUUGAGCCAGUGGUACCCAUUCAACUUAUCCAGAGAUGUUUUCAGUGCUCCUGAGAUGCUAAUUAUGAUUUAGUGAUCAGAGUAAAGUGUUAUCUCCAUAUGAGUGAAAAGUCAUGUCCCAGUUCCAAGUAAUUCUUCCUAAAACACUAAAUAAGUGGUUCAGGUACAAAGCCAUAAGCGAUGCCUCACCUCACAGAAUGGAGAAAUAGACUGCUAUGACAAACUGAUCGAUUUAAUAAUGCAUAUUUAAAAUGAUGAAAUGGAAGUUAAAAAGAAAAUAAGUGGGCCUGGUACUCAGCCCUGAGGAAUGCCACGCCUUACAGAGUAGGGCUGGAGAGGGCAGUUUGAUUUCAUAGUAAGUCAGGUCACCUGAAAUACUGCGGAGACCUCACCAGCCUAGUCACAGUGGUAAACAUGAGUUAUAUUUGAGUUGGCAGUACCCAUUAGGUACCACUAAAAUAUAAACUGAAGAAAAUAUUGCCUGGUGCACAAGAGAGGGCACUUUUAUUUACCAAACCAAACAAUUGUGAGGAAAUGGGUCAAAUUGUUCAGAAGACAAUGUCCAAUUUUGAGGUUUCUAUAAAUACAGUUGUUAUAUCUCGAGCCCUGGUUUUUCAAACACUGCUGGAAAAUUGUUUAAAAAAAAGAUUUUUACCACUGUGAUUUUAACAUUAUGUUAGUGCAUAAGAGACACACACUACAACUUCAGUAGAUCCAAAGAAAAUGGGGAAAAAAACUAGUUGCUGGGAUAUCCAACGGCUUAAAGUUUAAAAAAAAAAAAAAAAAAAAAAAGGCCCACACCUGUGCAGAUGAAGGCUCUCUUUUCUCUUCUGAUUUCUUGAGGCAGACUAAGAUAUCAAAAGACUCGUGAGGCACUUUAAAAUCACAUACAGCGUGAAUAUGACGCUACUGCAGAAUAAUGAAUUUAAAAGUACUGGUUAAAUUACAAUCUAAGCUGGCAUUGUAUCCCCUAUGCCAGAGUACUUCAGCUUCAUCGUCUUAAAGGGGCAGGGCACUGAGCAAUCAGAGUUGAGUUGCAUCUGGAAUAUAUGUGUGAAAGUUCAUGACCCAUUUUCAAACGAUUCUUCCUAAAUGAAGUAAAAACUAGAUAACUGGGCCAAGACAGAGCCAUAAGAUAUGAGUCCAGAUUUAUAUUUAAAAAGUCCCAAGUAAAGGGCUGGGAACAUGGUUACAACUCUACUGGCAUUACAUCCUUUCUGCAUAUUUGGAAUAUCUGUAAAUAGAUGCUUGCAUAUUAUUCUUAUAGAUUACCAAAAACUUUUAUUUGACUGUUGAUUUAUUUUGGUUGAGUGUCUUCACAGAGCUUCCCACAGAGUCUACCAAAAGUGUGACCGGCCGGUAUGAUUUUUACUAAAAGAAUGAGACAGCUGUGUACAGUAUUGUAUAUGUUGCGAGGCAUUACGCUUGACAGAAUUAAAAAUACUUAACAGUGAUGAGCCUUUAUGGGAGAAAAAGGGACAAAACUAAAUGUUUAUGCAAAGCCCAUGUCUGGUGAAAUCAUGAUAACUGUCCUCUUAAUUUCAGACCCGAAACGUUGUACAAGGCCUGCAUGAUGAAGCAGUUGCAUCAGAUUGUUCUCCAAGAGCUACAGGGCUAUAUUAAUGAUGUUGUCAGUAUGGAGUUUUGCUCUUCUGUGUGUCUGUCUUGUCUUCUUGGGGUUUUUUUCAAACGCAGAGCACUGUUGGUACCAUAAACCCCAGACUGGAGCUACUGUUACUGUAUGUAACCAACGGCAUCACUUAACCAAUGACUUCAUGUUAUUUCUGGUGUCAUUUGCAAAACGUCCGAUUACCUGUAUUCCCUGCUCUGACAACACUUUCAAGUCUGCUUGGCAAAACUGAAAUAAACUCGAAGAGUAAAGGUG